AUGCCGGAGAGUUUAGCUAAUGGUGAAAUGGCGGAAGAUAUUCGAGAUCUCGACCCUGAAUUCGAAGUGAAGGAAAUUUUUGAUUCCAGACUCGGACAAUCGAUGGCUGCCGGCUUCCUUCUGCAAUUGCCAUGCCCUCGUGAGGCAAUACUAUCGGAAGAAAAAAGAGCAACUAACGAAGAUGCUAUGGCCCCAAGUUCGCCUUCUGCCCCCUAUCCUUCUUUACCGAUGCCCAGUUCACCUAGUUCAACUCCACCAUCUACAUCUCCGACUCCAUCAUCUCCAUCUCCGACUCCAUCAUCUCCAACUCCGACUCCAUCAUCUCCUUCUCCAGCAUUUUCUCCUCUACCACGUCCAGUAUCUUCCUUUCCAUCAUCUCAUUCUUCAACAUCUUAUUAUACAUCUUCUUUACCACCUCUUAUUUCUCCGUCCCCAGCUUUUCCGUCUCCAGAUUAUCCGUCCCCAGCUUCUCCGUCCCCAAAUUCUCCGUCUCCAGCUUCUACGACUCCAGCUUCUCCGUCUCCAGCUUCUACGACUCCAGCUGCUCCUUCUCCAGGUUCUACGAUUCCAUCUUCUCCGUCUCCAGCUUCUACGACUCCAGCUUUUCCGUCUCCAGCUUGUACGACUCCACCAUCUGCAAUUCCUAAUCCGAAAGGAAAA